AUGCAUUUUGUUAUCCUUAAUGCAAUUACAGAGAAAUGUGUUUGUUUUGUUACAUCAUCACCAGUCCUAAAUGUUAUAGGUAUAGAUUGGAUAGAUAGGUUUAAUCUAUGGGCAAUUCCCUUCGAUGUACUGUGUAAGAAAGUUUCAUCAGCAUGUCCAAAGGAUCGAAUAGUACAGCUUCAAUCGAAAUAUCCAACAGUUUUCGAUGAUUCGCUUGGACAUUGCACAAAAACGAAGGUGAAACUGUUUCUGAAGCCCAAUGUAAAACCAGUUUUCUGUCCAAAACGACCAGUACCAUUCAAUACUAUCGCUCUUGUGGAUGCGGAACUAUCAAGACUACAAUCACUAGGCAUCAUCACACCAAUAGACUUUUCGGAGUGGGCUGCUCCGAUAGUAGCCAUUCGCAAGCCUAAUUGUAAAGUUCGAAUUUGUGCGGAUUAUUCGACGGGGCUCAACGAAGCUUUAGAGUCAAAUCAUUAUCCUCUACCUACUCCUGAAGAAAUUUUUGCACAGUUGAACGGAAGUGUUGUAUUCAGCAUAGUCGAUUUGUCCGAUGCAUACCUACAAGUAGAAGUAGAAGACGAAUCUAAACACCUUCUUACGAUCAACACACAUAGAGGUCUUUUUCAGUUCAACCGUCUCGCACCGGGAGUCAAAUCAUCACCUGGAGCUUUUCAAAGACUAGUUGACGGUAUGAUUGCUGACAUUCCUGGCGUUAGAACAUUUCUAGAUGAUGCUAUAAUUUUCGGUAAAACUUGGGAGGCACACAAGCAAUCUUUAGACACAUUUCUUCAGCGUUUAAAAGAAUAUGGCUUCCACGUCAAGCUGGAAAAAUGUCAUUUCUAUCAAACUGAAAUUGUCUAUUUGGGGCAUGUGGUAGAUCGCAACGGCAUACGUCCUGACCCAGAGAAGCUGAAAACCAUCGCAUCUAUUCCAGCACCAACGAACAUUUCCGAAUUAAGAUCGUUCUUAGGAGCUGUGAAUUUCUACGGCCGAUUUGUGAGAAACAUGCAUGAACUCAGACACCCGUUAGAUCAAUUGCUAAGGAAGGAUACGAAGUGGAAGUGGAAUUCGGAUUGUCAGACAUCGUUCGAAAAAUUCAAGAAAGUACUGCAAUCUGACUUACUGUUGACACAUUAUGAUCCGAAUCUUCCUAUCAUCGUUGCAGCAGAUGCGUCUAGCACCGGCGUUGGCGCAGUUAUUUUUCAUAAAUUUUCGAACGGAUAUUUGAAAGCCAUUCAACAUGCUUCAAGAACAUUAACGUCUGCAGAACAAGGCUACGGACAACCGGAAAAAGAAGCUAUGGCUCUUUCUUAUGGGGUAGUUGAAAACUCAAUUGAAAUGACUGAACAAGAACAUUACUAUUCAGCUGAUGAAGAGUCCGCUGAAGAAAUUUAA